AGGCGUGUGCGCGGGGCGAUUAUGGCGGACGAUGGGCCUGACUCGAAAAAUCAGAAAAAGUCCGCGAAACAUGACAGUGGUGCGGCAGACCUAGAGCGGGUUACAGACUAUGCUGAAGAGAAGGAAAUUUCGUCUGAUAUAACGGGGGCUGUUGCUACAAUUGGAGAAAGACGAAGAAAGGAGGCACAGGAGAAGAUGGAACGAGAAAUAGAGCUUGCCAAGGUUCCAAUCAGGAAAGAUGAUGUGGAACUGAUUGGCCCGCUCGAUACGGCCGGCGUGGCGGAGGCGGUGCUCCAGUGGCUCACCGACAACAAGAUCCACCACACGGUGUUCGCGCGCACCGUGCUCGGCUGGAACACGGCCUUCACUCCGUUGCUGCGCAAGCCCGUGGCGUGGGCCGAGGCCGACGUGCGCACGCGCAAGGCCUACCAGGCCAUGCACGGCUGGAUGCAGCGGCCUCACCAGGAGCGACUGAACACGGUGCGCGAAAAACAGGAGCAGAUGAACCGCAAGCGGCGCACCGAGAGCACACAGAAGGACCGGCGCCGCGCGCCGCUGCUGCCGGGUGCGCGGCCGGCGCCUCUCGGCGGCGACCCGAUGGCGGGGUUCGGCGGCGAGAUGCCGCGGCCGCGGCGCGCGCUCGUCGACAUCUUCCGCGUGACGGAGAGGCCGUCGCCGUCCAUGCGUCAGCUGAUCGCCACCUCGCUGGACCUGCCGGCGCGCACCAUCAGCAACUUCUUCAGCGCGGCGCGCACGCGCGGCAUCCGCAAGCUGGUCGGCCCAGAGUCGCACGGCAAGGAGAACCUGGUGGACGGCUUGCCGUGA